ACAGUGAACUGAAACCUAUUCUUGCAGCAUUGGAUGGAAAGCAGGGACCAAUUCAAGACCACAACACAAUGGAGGCUUGGAGCAGAAAAAACAGAUCGAGUUUGAAUCCCACAAAAAUCUUUGUGGGCAACCUUCAUCCAAUGGUGGGUCAGUGCUGUUUGCGAUGUGUUCCUGAGAGUGUGAAUGUCAAUUUCCUGAAGAAUGGUUCAUCUUUUGGAUUUCUGAAUGUUCUACAUAUGAAUGAAGCAGAAACCAGGUACAAAGGCUGGCUAGCAAGGAGAGUGUGUUUUUUACUUUUUAUAUGGGAGCGCAAUUUGCAAGUCCAUUCUGCUGUUGAAAGAGAUGCCCGAGUGCUUCAAAGUAGUAGAGUCAAGAAUAUACUUUGUCACCAGAAAUAUGAGACUGGCAACUUAUGUGAGAUGGAGGAUGAUUGCCUGAGGAUCUUAUUAAAGAUUAAGACUUCAAUUUCGACUUGUUUUGCUAAAUUUGGAUUUUGGCUCUUUCAGAAGGUCAUUGGAAGAGUGUUUAUCAGUGUGCUUGUCAGCUUACACCAAGUGCAGAUACUUAAAGAAUUUAACAAGAAGCAUAAAGUUCCUAUCAUCUUUGUGUCGGCGCACAAAUCAGCUAUUGAUUACAUACUAGUGCCAUUGGUCCUUUUUUGUGUUAAUCUGCAGGUCCCCUACACUAUCUGUGGGGCUGACUUAAAGUCUGUCUGGUUCAGAUCCUUGUUGCACAAGCUUGGUGUGAUUAUUGAUCCAGGUCUACCAUCAGAACCAGACUCUGAUAUGGACAGUCUUCAUAAAGCCAUCCUGAUUUCUUAUGUGUCUGAAAUGCUAUCUGAGGGGCAACACCUACUUUUAUUCUUGGAGAACAUCCAUGGCUACAGCAGACGUCCUUCACCAGCUAGCAUGCUGUGGCUGUGUUCGAUUAAGGAGGCUGUGAGAUCUGCCGCCAUACCUGAUGUUGCUUUUGUACCUGUGGGGGUGGCUUAUGAUUCUACAAUUGAAGGGAGGAUGGGACAUGCUUCACAGCAUCAGAUGAAUCAGGGGAUGUAUUGUUUUCUGAAAAUUGCAUUGUCUUUCAUAUACAGAGGCUUAGGCUGUUCCCGUAUAGAUUUUGGACAGCCAUUCUUGUUGAAGAAUUUCAUUUAUAGAAGGAGCCUGUCACCCACUUAUUCGUCUCUUCAAAAUAUCUUUUUAAACAGUUCAGAACUGCAGUUGGCAGAAAAACCUUUUGACUGGAUACUACCUCCUUUGCUCUUUCCAGAAUUUGAAGAGCAACAGCGACAUCUUAUGGUCAACCUCAGCCGACAUCUCUUGUGUUCGGCUCGUUCCUACACCUCUAUUAUGUCUACUUCUAUCUUUUCCUGUUUGCUACUGUUCAAACACCCAUCAGGGGUCGUCUUAUCACAGUUGGCCCAAGACUUUGUAUGGCUUCUAGAAGAGAUCUUAUUCAGGAAUCGAGAUGUAGGAUUUGGAGGGUGCUUGUCAUCAGUGCUAUAUAAUGCAGCAUCGUUGUUAAAAGAACAUCUAGUAUUCUGUAUAAUGCCAGGGAACAAAGAUGUAUAUAUCCUGCCCAAGAACACUAGCGAAGCAGUACAGGCACUCUACAUGCAUGCUGAGAUCCUUCAGGAUGUUUUCAAGUUUGAAGCCUUAGGAGCUUGUGCCGUCCAUGCAAUGCUGAUGGAAGUCGUUCUGUGUUCAAAUCCAGGAGAGAUGAACUUUGAUGUAGUACUGAGCCAGGAAGAGCUGCAAAAAAAAAUUAUACAGCUGAGUUUGCUGUUGUCAGGCGAGGUACUUCUGUUGCCGCCUUGCCAGUCAUUUUUGUGCAUUGCAGAGGAUGCUGUGGAUAGUCUCGUACACUGUGGAGUACUAAUAAUGGAAGAGGUUACUGAGAAGCUGAUUGGCGACUUGGGGAAGAAGAAGAAUCAUGAUCUUAUGUGGAAAUUUUCUGAUUGCCUGUCAGGCAGUGAUAGUGACUGUGAAACAUCUGAAAACCUGAAGAGUUUUAAGCUUAGCCAGAGCUGCCCAGAUAUGUUUUUCUUCCUGUGCAGAAUGCUGAGCCCGUUACUCAGGGCAUUGUCUUGGUCUGUUGAUACACUACAGUUCCUGGAAAUGCUGACACCAGCUGCAAGCAUGGAGAAGCUGCACAGAUUUCUAAUGAAGAAAGCACAACAAGAAAAAUCUCACUAUGAAAGCUGUACACUGAAGAUGGCAGCUACUGCAGUCUGGGCAUUUAAGGACCUGGGGAUUUUGAAAGAAGAGGAGGGAGAUGACAAAGUUGUCUACUUAACACUUGGCCGAGAAUUUCAUCAACCAGAGGAAAAAAUGAAGCUGCAGAAUUUAAUAGACCAGUUUUUGUUUGUUUAAAUAUUGCAAUUGUUCAUUGUUAAAUGUCUGUGUUAUCUUUUGUUGGUUCCAAAAUACUAAGCAGUAAUUAAAAAAAUUAUAUAUGAAAAUGGGAUGGUAAAUUGUGGUAG